GCGCCUUGCCCCGGGGGGGCGGGGGGAAGUGGGAGGCAUCCUGAACCCCUACCCACGCGCGACCCGCUGUCCUGGAGUCUUCAUGGUUUCGAUUGGAAUUUGUUUAUGACAAGGCUGCUUCCCCUUUCUUCCUUCGCAAGCUGCUCGUCAGCCCUCUCCUCCGCCAACCAACUAGUAUAAGACCAGAAAUUGAUUAUAGCCAAAACAAAAUAUCCCCCCCCCCCCCCCCCCCUUUCUCCCUCUCUUUCUCUCUCUCUCUCAUCCUAUUUAUUGCCGCCUAGGGUUCCGACGCCAGAGGAGAAGACGAUGCCGACGAUGACGUCGAUCGCGUUGGAGCGGCUGCUGGAACCCAACGCCGACCGCUCCGCUCCCCAGAAGCCCAAGCACCCCAUCCCUCCCGAUCACCACCGGGACUGCACAACCACCACCACCUUCGCCGCCCCCUCCUCCGCGCCCUUGCCCCCGCCCGGGCCCUACUUCAUCUCUUCGGCCCUCUACGCCACCCCCGACCCGGCGCUCCUCCCGAACUCCCCGCCCACCUCCAUCUCCCCCUCGCCUUACGUCGUCAACCGCAAGGGCCGCCGCGCCGCCCACCCCGCCGGCGCCGCCCACCCCGCCGGCGCCGCCGCGCCGGCCAGCCGCCGCGAUGGCUUCGAGAUCCCUUCCGUUCAUCUGGCUGUAAAGACGAUGGAACUCGGAGAACAGGCGAACGAGGAAGCUGGUUUGACCGCCAACUGUUCGGUGGAGAAACAACAGGAAGACGGAUAUGAGAAUCAACAACAUGAAGGAGAAGGAGAAGGAGAAGAAGAAGAAGAGGAAGACGAUGAUGGUAAAGAUGACUUCCUUGAUCCUCAGGAUUCAAGGAGCGUCACAAGCAGUUGCAGCGCCAGAUUCGAGAAUCAGUCACGCCUAUCUAACCAGCCCGAGUUCUAUGAUGCCGCUGAAGAUUUUUUCUCUGACGGUUCCAGAUCUCCAUCCCUUAACACAAAUCCUGAAAUUGAACUACGUGCCUUAAGACUUAAUCUUCUCGAGGAGAUCGGUAGACGAAAAAUAGCAGAGGAGGCUCUUCUCCACAUGCAGAACCAGUGGAACAAGACUGCCAAAUAUCUAUCUCAUGUGGGUGUAUCAUUUCCAGCAAUCGAGCAUGCUGAAGAUGCUCAACUUGUGAUAGAUCCUGCAGCAAUUUGCCAAGAGAUCACAGUUGCAAGGUUUGUUUCUGAAGCUGUAGAAAGAGGUUUGGUACGGGCUGAAGCAGAAGCUGCUGCUGAGGCAGUCAUUCAUUCAAAAAACCAUGAAAUUUCUCGGCUGAGAAAUCGAGUGCAGUACUAUGAAGCUGUGAACCGUGAAAUGUCCCAGAGGAAUCAGGAAAUUGUAGAAUUAGCUCGCAUGCAACGCCUGAGACGGAAAAUAAGAUGGAGAUGGCUAUGGGGCUGCAUUGGCUUGUCUAUCUCAAUUGGGGCUUCCCUGCUUGCAUAUUCACAUGUUCCUCACUCUGGUAACGACUCAUUCCCAACCUCCUGCCCAGAUGCUCCGCCAGGCGCAGGGGGUUCUGUGGAAAAUGAGUCCUAGUCCUGAUUGAAUGGCCAUGCACUUUUGGUUAGCUUUGUGCAGAUUGUCAUAAAAUCAGAGGUACAAUUGAAGCUGCUUCUCGUGUGAAGCUCUACCUCUAUAUUUGAAAUUUUGUUUUCUUGUCAUGAGUUUCGGUUUCUCGGUUAGCUUAGCACGCUUUUUACAUCUUAGCGAAUAGGAAAACUACAGAUGGCAAUAUUCCAGUGGUGAUCUGUUGUUUACCACAAAUCAUAAUUGGUUCCCACUGUUCUGUCUUUUCGAAAGGAUUCUCAGAGAAAUGCCGUUUAGGGGUUUUUGCCCCGUUCUGCUGCUUGUUGGAGACCUGAAUGUCUUUUCUUCUUGUGGGAUCCUACUGCAGUUUCCUUGCGGGUGAGGGUUAUUUGGAAGUUUGAACGAAGCGUGCCCUGGCUGGGUUGCUGGUCCUUCUAAUUAAUUGAAAUCAGUCCAGAUGGGUAGUCCAGCCCUGCCUUGAUGUUCUGGUGGUAAUUCUCGCAGUGUGCAAUCACGGUGAAUGUGUGCUGGCUGCCUGCGUUCAUCGACUUGGAUAUAUAUCCUGAUUAUAGCUUCAUUACUCUUUUUCUGGAUAUCUUUCUCUUGCUUAGUGGACUGACAACUUCCGAGCCUCCUAUUGGUGGCUAUGGAAUGGUUUUUAUUGGUACAGCAACUUAAAAACCAUUAGAGGAUAAAGAGUAUGCAGCUUUGGAGCACGGUUGCUGAGAGCUUAACUCGUAUACCUGGUUUUAAAUAUCUUGUUGAGUUUCUAUAUGGAAUGCUAGCUAUGCUCCACAACGUCGGUAAUGGUUUUCAGCCAUUUUUCAAUAAGAUGAGCCUCAUUUUAUCAUA